AUGGAUCGCCGCGGGGGAUCCCUAGAUCAUCACGGUGCGCCUCUCCUCGGGAAUUCCCAACCGUCGGAUCGAACUGGCGCCGGUGGGGCGUAUCCGCACCAUUCAUUCCCCCGAUGGGGAUCUCAACCGCAGAUUCACAAUUCCGGCUACCGUAGGAUUCAGGAAUUCGGCGGGGAAAGAGGAGGAACCGGGGUAGGAGCGGGGAAUGGAGGAGCAGGUACUGGUACGAGGCGAGGGGGAUUUACCCGGCAUAAUUCGUGGGGCGGGAUGUUUCGAUUGAAGCACUCUCAGUCGCAUACGAACCUCAUGGCGGCGCCGCUCCCCAAGUGCCUCACGUUCUGGCAGCUCAUCCCGCUAGGAGUGGGGUCAACCAUAGGCGCGGGCGUGUACGUGCUGAUAGGCACAGUGGCGCGGGAGAAGGCUGGGCCGGCGCUGCCCCUCUCCUUCCUCAUAGCAGGCGUGGCUGCGGGCUUGGCUGCUCUCUGCUACGCUGAGCUUGCUAGUCGCUGCCCCUCUGCUGGCAGUGCCUACCACUACGCGUACACGACAGUCGGAGAAGUGGUGGCAUGGCUGAUCGGCUGGGCGCUCAUUCUCGAGUAUACCGUGGGUGGGGCAGCAGUGGCUCGCGGCAUUUCACCGAACCUGGCAACGGCAUUGGGAGGGCCAGACAGCUUACCGUUCAUCCUGGCUCGCUUGCCUGUCCCAGGCACCAGUGUGGUCCUGGAUCCCUGUGCUGCCAUCAUGGUGGCUGCAGUGACGGCACUGCUGUCGGCCGGCAUAAAGGAGAGUGCCAAUUUCCAGAUGGGGAUGACAGUAGCGAAUAUGAUUAUACUGCUGUUUGUCGCAGUGGCGGGUGCAUGGAUAGGAUUUACCCAUGGAUGGCCAGGGUACAAGGAGUCUUCAAGCUACCUACCAUUCGGUGUGUCGGGAUUGCUGGGAGGAGCUGCAAUGGCCUUCUUCUCGUACAUUGGAUUCGACACCGUUGCCAGCACAGCAGAGGAGGUGAAGCACCCUCAAAGGGACCUGCCUCUAGGAAUAGGCCUGUCACUCACAUGCUGUGGCGCUCUCUACAUGGUGAUAGCGGCGGUGCUGGUGGGGUUGACUCCGUUUGACCGCAUUGACCCGGACACGCCCAUGGCUCAGGCGUUUGACACCUACCAUCUUGACUGGGCCAAGUACCUUGUAACAGGGGGUGCGCUAGCAGCGCUCUCCACUACUCUCCUCGGAUCACUACUACCCCAGCCACGCAUACUCAUGGUCAUGGCUCGCGACGGCCUCCUCCCAGCCUGGUUUGGCCGCAUUGACAAGGCCACGGGAGUGCCGCAGAACGCGACAGCUGUCACCGGGCUAUUGGCCGCCGCCAUGGCGUUUGUGCUGGAUAUCGGACAGCUGUCGGGCAUG